AUGGGUAGCAAACGCAAGCGCACGAACAAGGAGGCCGUGGGUGACAUCCAGCCGUCGCAGAAACGAUCAAAGAACGGCCAGGCCAAGACCAAAACGGACAAUGCCCUCGACAAGUCCCCCUUCACCGAGCAGCACACGGUCGAGCAGCGGAGGAGGGAACUCGAAAUCUACGAGCUUUUGGGAAGCGAGGAUAUCGCCGAUCGCAUCAAUGCCGCCGAUGCCAUUAUCUCGGGCCUCCUGGGCGGAGACGGCGUCCCAGAGUCGGUCCUCCUCCGGCAUCUCGACAAGCGUCUCUUCCGCGGGCUUGCCAGUGGGAGGAAUGCCUCGCGCCUGGGCUUCAGUCUCGUUCUGACGGAGAUUCUCGGCCAGCUGUUUGGCGAGAAGGACCUGGCUGGCACAAAGUACACGAGCCUGACUUUUGACAAGGUCUUGGGCCUCUUGGUCGAGAAAACACACACGGGCGGGAGCAUUCCCGGCCAGGAAGAGAGGAACCACUUCUUCGGCCAAUUGUUCGGCCUCGAGUGCUUUAUCCGCGCCGAUAUUCUCUACUCUGACAAGACAAGGUGGUUUGCCGUCCUGGACCUGCUCCUGAAGCUUGCCGAAAAGAAGUCUUGGCUCAAGCCGCAGUGCGGCUUCAUCGUCGCCCAAGCCGUAGCCCAGAUGAAGCGUAAGUUAGCCGAAAAGACGCUGCAAGUCCUAGCCGAAAACGGCUACCCCAAGACACCAGAAGGCGUCGGCAUCUGGAUCGCAGCCCUAGACCGGUUCCCAGAGAUGCAAGUCCCCUCUCAGCCAUGGAAACACCCCCUGGCUGCCACGUCCCUUUCCGCUCUGCCUGCAGCCCUCAAGGACACAGGUAGCGAGUCGACUGGCGACCAAGAGCCGGGGAAGAAGCAGAAGACGGCCAACUGGACCGCUCGGCUUCAUUUUGUGUGGGAUACCAUCGUUGCUCACUUCGUCAAACUUGGCAAGCAAGCUGAGGCUGAUGCUGCUGAACAAUUCAAAAAAUUCUGGAACCGAGUUGUAGAUGAGGGCUUCUUCUCAAAGGGAUCGUCAGAUAGCCAAAAGUUUUCUGGAUUUAUGAUAUUCCAGAAAAUGCUUGAAGGUGCCCAGAACUGCCCCUUUGUUCUGCCAAUUCUUUUCAGUAAGAACUUCAUGGCUUGCUUGAUGAACCAGGCCUCUGUUGAGGACCGUUACCUCCACCGUGCGGCCCUCAAGGCACUGAAGGCGAUCGAGGCGGCCACGGGAAACGAGCCGUCUUUUCUUCCCACGACCCUCAAGCAGCUUCUUGGUAACCAUGGUGCCUACAACUUUGACCAGCGAACCAACACCAAGACUGUGGACAAGCUCCUUCAAAAAACCAGUCCCGCUACCAUAAAGGCUGUCCUUAAGCUCUUGCAGCUGAAGGACCCCUCCAAGAGUGGCCUUGACGAGGCUAAAUACUACCAGGCCCUCGGCAACUAUCUAUACAGGCUCUCGAGCACAACCUCUGAAUCGGACGAGGAAAGCAAGUCCAAAAAAUCUGUUCCGGGCUCCGCGAUUCAACUGUUGACAGAGCUCGCGUAUUCCAACAAGUCGGUACCCGAGAAUAUUAAGGAAGCACUCCGGACCAAGUCUACGUCCGCAUUUGCCAAACUGGUAAAGAGGCCCGAAGAUUUUGGGCAUCUCUGCAACGCCAUUUUAGCAAUUGAGACGGACCUGGACCCAGAGGAUGAGAUGGCUAGCUCAAUUCUCCCUCAAGCCUACGAGAGACUCAAGGACUUGCUUGACCCUGAAAACGAGACUGAUGCUACCAAAGGCACCCGGAGAGCGCUUGCCCUGCUGCACUCGGUGGGGAUUCUGCAGUUUUACAACCAGGACCCCGAUGUAAUGGAUUUGUUUGAAGAGCUUGAGGAAUGCUAUGAUAAGCUGGCGGACGAAAAGCUCCAGGACGGCGAAGGGAUCUCCGAGUAUCUGGUCGAGAUCCUGCUGGCCAUGGUUGCUCGGCCAUCAUCUCUCAUGCGGCAGGUCUCGCAGCAGGUAUUCGAGGCCUUCACCGGCCUCAUGUCUGCCGAGGCCCUCGAGCUCCUUACGGGCCCUUUAGCUGCCGACGAGAGCGCUAAGGGCCAGCAGGCUCUCUUUAGCACCGAAGACGAGGAUAUGCAUGACGCUGAAGGGGGGAGCGAGAGUGGAAGUGAUGAAGAAGAGCUUGACUCCGACGUGGAGAUCGUAAAUCUCGAGGAAGCAGGGUCUGAAGACGGCGACAAGAGCUCAGGGGACGAGGAGGACGACGAAGAAGAGGAGCAGGAAGAAGAACAAGACAAGGAUCAAGAGGCCCUCGAGGCUCUCGACAAUGCCUUGGCAGACGUUCUCCAAAGUCAUCGACUUGACAAGGACAACGAGGCGGAAUCUGAGCCCGAGUCGGAUAUGAGCGACUCGGAGAUGAUGGCUGUCGACGAGAAGUUGGCCGAGAUCUUCAAGCUGCGCGCAAAGUCGACAAGCAAGAAGAAGGAUAAACGAGAUGCCAAGGACACGGUUGUCAAUUUCAAGCACCGUGUCCUCGACCUUUUGGCAAUCUUUGUCAAGAAGGAGGCGACAACUCUCAACCCGCUUGCCUUUGGCAUCCUGCUUCCGCUCCUCCAACUAGUGCGCACGACAACAACAAAAGCCCUUGCCAACAAGGCCUGCGACAUCCUCAUCAACUUCUCCAAGGGUCUGAAAAAAGCGAGGGCCAGCCACGCCAAGCUGGGCGAGGAGGUGGACGCGGACGCGAUGACGGCGCUGCUCCGGGAGCUCCAUGACGAGGCCCCGAAGGAUCCCUCGCACGCUUUUGCCAGGGCGGUCUCGACGGCCAGCCUGGCGGUGGCGUCGGUACUGUGCGGGAUGGACGACAAGGCCACCCAGGACGUCUUCCAGCUAUACGCCGAGACCCAGCUCAAGUGGUAUCGCGGCCAGGUCAAGAUCCAGCCAGCCUUCUUCUCCGACUGGCUACACUGGUGCCAGAGCCACGUGAGCACCUUGGCGGCGCAGGACUAG